AAACAGCUGUUGAGAAGCAACUGCCAUCCUUUACACCAAACAAAGAAAUUGCUGUGAUGGAGACAGAAGAUAAAAGGCUAUUGAAAGAGUCAGGUGCUGGUUACUACAGCAAAAACUUACAAUACGAGAAGAAAGAAAAGAUGAAAUGGAAAAAAAUGAGGAAAACUUUGGCUCUAACGCACCACUUGACAAAACUGAGGUGUCUCUACAGAAAUCCAUCAGGCAACCUAAUCUUGAACAAGAAAAAAGCACUGACACUCCUGAAAAUUGCAGUGUACACAAAAAACAACUUACAAAAUGUAAUGGUGAGGAGGAAGCCAUAAGGUGUAACCUAACUGACCACACAGGAACAUGUUUCAGUACAGUUGAUCGUGCAUCAUCCCUACCUGUUAUUUGUUCUAACAUUGAGAGAAUGCCUGUUGUUGAGAUCAAUCAAGGUGUUGAGUUUGCUAAACCUAAAAUAGUUGUGAAUAAAAAGAAGUCUUAUUCAUCUACAACUAAGUUCGUCAGACCUACUGCGGUAGUGAAGGAAAAGGAAUCUGUCUCAUCUAAAAGCAGCACAUUGUGUCACACUGUGAAGAGAGCAUUGCUGCCAACAAACGCAAUUAGAGAUUUCCCAUCAGACCCAUUUAGGAAGACAUAUGGCUGUUACACAGGACCAGUGAGACUUGUUGAAGCAAAUAAUUUAGGUUUGGGGAUGGAAUCGGCUGAAAGCAGUGAGCCUAGAAGAUUUCCUCCACAGACUGUCCAGGAGGAUGUGUGUGUUACACCAGUAAAUGUAAAUCGAAGAUGGACUCAUAAAGAGAACAUUCAUCCUGAGCAACAUUACACUGUAGCAGACAGAGAAGAUACAAGUGUGACACCAGUCAAACAAAGAAAAAUGCAGGGAAAGAGAGAGGGUAUUUGCAUUACACCAGUGCAACAACGGUGGUCAUAUAACCGGGAAUAUUGCUUUACAGCCCCCACAGAGAGUAAGAGGUACUUGAAUUUUCAAGAUUCAAUAAUAGAAAGCUCUAAUCUGCAUGGAGAGAAAGUGGAAGAUUCUGCAUCAGAAUUUGAUUGCAACCUGGUCAAACAGGCUGAAAAGCCAAACCAUGAUCCCAGUAAAUUGCAAGAAAAUGUGCCCAAGAUUACAAGACCACUUACAAGGCCAGUAAAAUGUAAACAUUCAACUGACACAUGUUUUGUGGUAUAUUAUGAUGAAGACUCAAACCACUCUGCACCUGAGCAAAAUGAAAAAUAUCAUUGGAAGAAUACUGCAGACAAGAGCUGUUCUAAAUGCCCAGGUUGUCAGACACCAGAAGUAAUUGGAUGCCCUGUGCUGAAUAGUAAAACAUUCAACAUUGCACUGGAGACAAGUCAGUAUGCUUGUGUCAAGCACAGGCUACUGAGAAAUGUGGAACGGCAUCAUUUAUCAGUGGCAAAGAAGAAACAAACAUGGAAAAAAAUACCAAGACAACCUUUGUCAGAGUUCAGUGAACCUGGAAAUAAGAGCAUACAUGUAUAUGACUUUCUGAGUUCAGAAACAGAGGAUGAUUUAGGGAAAAAGGUAACACCACCUUCCAGUCCCAUUUCAUUCAAUUUAAAACCUAAGUCCACCAUACCAAGACGCAGACAGAGGAAACCUUAUACAGACAAAGAAUUGAGCUACUUGACAGAGGGUGUUUGUAAAUUAGGAACAAGAUGGAACCAAAUUCUAUGCACAUACCCUUUUCAUCAGUGUAGAACUUCAGUAGAUUUAAAAGAGAAAUAUUACAGACUUAAGAAAGAAAAGAACAUGGGAAGUAACCAAGGCCUAGCUCUACAUUCUUUCAAACCAUUCUCAUUGUGUGAAUUGCGUAGACUAAAAAGAGGUGUACGCCAACAUGGUUACAACUGGAAAGUGAUAUUGAGAAGUUUCAAAUUCGACAAGGAGAGAACCCCUGCUGAUCUUCGCACCAAGUGGAAAACUAUAUGCAAUGUGUCUUUACUGUAAGAAUUAAUAAAGUUUAAGUUAUUUUGUGUUAAAAGUUCUCUCAAAAAAUUGAGCCUUCAUAUAAUAAUUGUAAGUCUUUAGCCAAAGAGUAAUGUAGUACAGGCAUGGUUCUUAAAAAGAUCCUAUUUUAUAAUAUAAGUUAUGUGAUUUGGUCAUUUUUUAAAAUUUUCAUGGGAAAAAUCCCCAUAAAUCCAUGAAGAUAAAAAGAUACAUAAAAAAACUGAUAAAAUGUAUAUUAAAUUUAGCAUCAGGAAACAUUAAUAUAACAUAUAAUGUACAUAAAAUGUACAUAAUCUUUAUCAGGGCAUUUGUUAUUAUAAGUGGUCUUCUUUUUUUUUUCAAAUAAAAUUACACCAAUUUAGGAUUUUCAAGUGAUUUAUCUUGUUUAAUUUUUAUUAAAAUGCCCUCUACUUGUUAAAAUUUUACUUGUUAAAAUGCUGUAUCAAGAACUAUAUCACAAGCUUAACACUUUCACCAGAAGAACCAUCUGAGACUUAGAAAUCACCCCAAGAUGUUUUACAUUAUAGCCCCGUCACACUUAAUUAGAAUCAGCAGGAAUCAAGAAGAAUGAGGCUGAAUGAAUAAUUUUAAAAAUCCGCACCACAUCCGGGGAAAAAAGUUCAAAUUGACCUUAAUUCUUGUAAGAGUACCGUUGGAAUACUCAGAAUGCGCUUGAAUUUGCCUGGAAUGAUAAGUGCACUUUCGUAUUAGCUCUCAAAUGCAGUUUGAAUGUAGUUGGAAAACUAGGAAUAUAUAUAAUGCUGUCAGAAGGCA